AUGAGCUCUUAUAAGAUCAAUAGCGCCUCUGACUAUGCUGUUGGUCAGAAGUGUGAACUUCAAGCAUACCUCGAAAUCUUUGAUGGAGUACAACGUUCGAAGACUUCCGUUUCCGAUCCUUUCGGUAAAUUUUCGUCUCGUACCGAUGACAGUCCUUAUGCACUUGUUGUCAAUAGGGCCGUUGAAAAAGACAGACCGGAGAAGGUUUCUCUACAAGUAAACUCUCCAUUCAUUUUGCAAACAUUUCGGGAGGUUAUAAAGUCAUAUUCUCCUGUUGCCUCCGACUUUACGAGCCCCUUUGAGCUCCAGAAUCCGUCUCAUAUGCUCAUUCACUAUUGGGAAGAGCUGCAAGCAUACCGUUCCUCAGCUGUUGGAGAACUGCGUGACCACGUUGACCUUCUCUUCGAAUUCAUGGACCAUGAGCUUGGUGGGAAGCGCGAAGAGAUACUUGCUAUGAUUCAGAAGAAUCAAGUUGACUACCAGAGCGCAUGGGCAUUGUUUCGUCCCGGCGAUGUGUUGUAUACCGAGGUUGAGGGGGAACCGUGGCUCCUGAUUUGCGACAAGGCUUCUUACGAGAAAGAUGUACAAUCCGGGCCAUAUUUUGAGGUCCGUUGUAAAUAUGCAAGUCAUGAUGGGAAAAAGUCCGGUGAAGCAGCCCACACGAUUAUCAUGUGGCAAAAGGAACACUUCCCAGCUCAAAGCCUUGCGUCUAUCACCAGCCUGCCAAUAUUUCCUCGACAAUUCUUCAACAUGGGCGAGGAGCUUGAGCACAGUUUGAGGCUGAGAGGACAGAGAUUCCUGUCUUUCAGAGAUUUCUCUGUCAUGGCCUACGAUGGCAAGGCGCAGUAUCUCAAAGAACCCCCUUUUGGAUUUUACUCCGAAUCUAAGUGCAAGAAGCUGUGGUGCCAAUUCUUUGUCGACCAUAUCCAAGACGUGCAGUGGGAUCAGGAUGCCUGGAAUUCUCUCGUCACUGGUGAGAAAGAGAAGUUGGUUCUUCAGUCUCUAGUAACUUCACAUCAGUUUUCUGCGAAAGCUCGGGACCAGACUCAACAGAAAGGAAAAGGCCUGGUCGUGUUGCUCCAUGGAACCCCAGGGUCGGGCAAGACUCUCACCGCUGAGACCGCCGCCGAGGGCACACAUAGAGCGCUGAUUACUACUUCUGUUGGAGAGCUCAACAAGAACAAUUACCCAGCAUCCUUUGAGUUGGAUCUCAAAAAGAUCCUUCGCUAUGCAACAAUCUGGAAGGCAAUUGUUUUGCUUGACGAAGCGGAUGUGUUCCUCGAAGCCCGUAAUGAGGACUCAAGAUCAGAUCGAAAUGCACUAGUAGCUGUGUUCCUCAAAGAGCUGGAGUACUUCGGGGGUAUCGUGUUCCUGACGACCAACCGAGUUGAGACCUUUGAUCCAGCUAUGAAAUCCCGCAUCCAUCUUUCUUUAACCUACAGUCCUCCAGAGGUUGAAACUCGCCGUCAGAUCUGGCUGCAAUACUUGCAUGCUAUUCCUAAGGGAAAAAGCAAUGUGGACCCCGAGCAGUCAAUUCAGGAUCUAGUGGCCAGUAAGUUGAACGGUCGGGAGAUCGCAAAUGCUAUCACUACAGCCCAGACAAUUGCAAGGUUUCAAAACAAGCCACUUGAUAUCUUCCAUAUUCACACUGUUCUUGAUGUGGGAAGAAAGUUCGAUGAGAGCUUGACAAAUGGAGGAGCUAUCUAG